AUGGCGUCCACACGAGAAGGCGUGAAUCCUUUGCGUCCGUACUACAAGCCACCUACGAUAGGCGAUCCAGCCGAUAGUUUGCCGGCACAAUCAAAUCCAUUCACAUCACAUGCGAAUGCGACGAGCAGCAGCAAAUAUGCAUCCAAGGCGCGUGACAUCUUUCCUGAUCUGGACUACAAAGACUACAUCAACGACCCAUCGCCAUCCACGAUCCAGAGUAUCAAGGAGCUUGUCGAUGAGCUGCUAUGGAAGUACACCAGUGUGCUCAUGGCCCAGCCCUUCGAGGUGGCCAAGACAGUGCUGCAGGCAAGGACACAGGACGAUCUAGGAGGGCUGGCAUCUGUGGAGGCGGAGGAAGUGAUACCGAAAAUUGCCAGUCCAAAGGAGCCAAUAUAUCACCAGUACGCUGAAUCUGACUCUGACGACGAGCAAUCGUACUUCUCCACCAAUGCGCCGUAUAUUACACCUACACCCUCGACUCGCAACCAAAGACAGCAUGUACCUUCUCCCGUCCAAUCACCCAAAGUCCCCAAAAAACCCGUAGACAUAGGCGAGCACCAGCUCAAUCUGCGCCGACCGGACUCGAUACUCGAUGUGCUAUCACAAUUAUGGGCGAAGGAAUCUGCGUGGGGCGUCUGGAAGGGGUCCAAUGCAACCUUCCUCUACACUGUGCUCCAGUCACUCUUCGAAAACUGGUCGCGCAGCCUCUUGAGUGCUCUCCUGAACGUCCCAGAUUUGGGCGUCAAAGACGAUGUUGACCGGCUGGUUGACAUUGCCUCUCCCUACCCGUGGGCAUCGCUAUGCGUUGCAGCUACAGCAGCCGUUGCCACGGGCCUCAUCCUCGCACCGCUCGAUCUCGUGCGAACUCGCUUAAUCCUCACAUCCAUCAACCGUGGCCAGCGAAGGACCAUACAGUCUCUUCGUUCUCUGCCCUCGUGGAUCUGCCCAUCUUCCCUCAUUGCACCAACGAUCCUCCACUCGCUAAUCCACCCCAUUCUCACCCUCUCCACUCCCCUGGUCCUUCGAUCUCAAUUCCUCAUCGAUCGCGAACUCUCGCCGACUACCUUCUCCGUUGCCAAGUUCUGUACGUCGUGCGUCUCCCUGUUCGCCAAGUUCCCGCUCGAGACAGUUCUUCGCCGAGGUCAGGCAGCUGUCUUGACCGAGUCUACGCAUGCACAAGCACUCGAAAUUGAACGGACAGACUUGAUUGUGCAGCCAGGUGCCUACCGGGGGGUCGUGGGCACCAUGUACAGUAUUGUGGCCGAGGAAGGGUCUCACGCUAUCCCGGUGGCAUCUAAGACUCGGUCGAAGGCCAAGAAGGCCAAACAUGCCAAGACUGCCGAGCUAGUGUACAGGAGAGGUCAAGGUGUUGAAGGACUCUGGAGAGGGUGGAAGGUCAGCUGGUGGGGUCUAGUAGGGCUGUGGACGGCGGGUGUUGUCGGAGGUGGUGGUGAAGGUGAAUUCUAA